AUGGCGUUCGGACAUCACAAAGAAAAUCAUGCUGCGCCUUCCGACGACGUCGAGGCUGCAGCGGCAGACCGCACCGACGGAGGUCUCAGCCACGACGUCGACGAUAGCGAACUGCCCGAGUAUGAGGCUCUAGACCGGUUCAUCACCAAAUUCGAUGCUAGCGGCCAACAGCUUGCCGAGCAAGAAGAGGAGGACAGCAAGAAGAAGAAGAAGAAAUCGCCAUCCCUUCUCAAGCUGAUGUUCAGCAGCGAUCUUGAAGUUGAGGAAAACCACAACCUCGUCCCUCCUGAGGCAUGGCUCGACACGGAUAUGCGACAGGGUAUCAGCAGCCACGAUGUCGAUGAGCGCCGCCGCCGCUUUGGGUGGAACGAGCUCGUCGCUGAGAAGGAAAACCAGCUCAGGAAAUUCAUGGGUUUCUUCCAAGGGCCCAUUCUUUAUGUAAUGGAAAUCGCCGCACUAUUAGCCGUUGGUCUAGAGGACUGGAUCGACUUCGGUGUUAUCGUAGGAAUUCUUAUUCUUAAUGCCGCCGUCGGAUGGUAUCAAGAGAAGCAGGCAGCCGACGUCGUCGCCAGUUUGAAGGGUGACAUCGCCAUGCGAGCGAUUGUUGUCCGUGACGGCAAGGAGCAAGAAAUCCUGGCGCGAGAGCUUGUUCCCGGAGAUAUUGUCAUUCUCCAGGAGGGCCGGACCAUCCCUGCUGACUGCCAGAUUAUCUGUGACUACGCCCACCCUGAGGACUACAAUGAAUUCAAGAAGCUCAAGAACGAGGACAAGUUUAGUGGAGAUUCUGCCGAAUCCGGCGACGAGAGUGGCAGCAACGAAAAGUCGGCGGACAAGGAGGCUGGAGACCACGAUGAUGACGACAGGUCUGUCCAUUUCGGCCUGCCACUUCUUGCUUGCGAUCAAUCCGCCAUCACAGGCGAGUCACUUGCUGUGGAUCGAUACAUGGGAGACUUGGUCUUCUAUACGACCGGCUGCAAACGAGGCAAAGCCUAUGCGAUUGUCAAGACGUCGGCAAAAUACUCCUUCGUGGGCAGGACCGCCAGCUUGGUGCAGGGUACACAGGACCGCGGGCAUUUCAAAGAGGUCAUGGACAGCAUCGGCACUUCACUGCUUGUCCUGGUCAUGUUCUGGAUUUUGGCGAUAUGGAUCGGGGGCUUCUUCCGACACAUCCCUAUUGCCUCGCCAGGCGUCCAGACGCUUUUGCACUACGCCCUCAUCCUGUUCAUCAUCGGUGUGCCUGUUGGUCUUCCUGUUGUCACAACCACCACACUAGCCGUCGGAGCCGCAUAUCUGGCUAAGCAGAAGGCUAUUGUUCAGAAGUUGACUGCCAUUGAGUCACUGGCUGGCGUCAACGUCCUCUGUUCCGAUAAGACGGGUACCUUGACCGCUAACAAGUUGAGCAUUCGGGAGCCCUAUGUCGCCGAAGGUCAAGAUGUCAACUGGAUGAUGGCGGUUGCCGCCCUGGCUAGCUCUCACAACAUUCAGUCCCUGGACCCGAUCGACAAGAUCACCAUUCUGACUCUCAAGCGUUACCCCAAAGCGCGUGAGAUCUUGCGCCAAGGAUGGAUUACCGACAAGUUCACCCCCUUCGAUCCCGUCUCAAAGCGCAUUACUUGCGAAUGCCGCCUUGGAAAAGACCGUUACAUCUGCGCUAAGGGUGCUCCUCGGGCUGUUGUGGACCUGGCCAACUGCUCGCCCGAGGUCAAGGACCUGUACAACCAGAAGGCCAAGGAGUUUGCCAGUCGUGGAUUCCGUUCUCUUGGUGUCGGCGUCAAGAAGAAUGACGAGGACUGGCAGCUGUUGGGCAUGAUCUCCAUGUUCGACCCACCCCGUGAGGACACCGGCCAGACCAUCAUCGAGGCCCAAGCUCUCGGUGUGCCUGUCAAGAUGCUUACUGGUGAUGCUAUCGCUAUUGCAAAGGAAACCUGCAAGAUGUUGAGUCUCGGCACUAAGGUCUACAACGCAAACAAGCUUUUCAACAGCGGCCUUUCCGGCACCUUGCAACAUGACCUUAUCGAUCGUGCGGAUGGUUUUGCAGAAGUCUUCCCUGAGCACAAAUACCAAGUCGUCGAGAUGCUUCAGCAGAGAGGAUCACUCACUGCCAUGACUGGUGAUGGUGUCAACGAUGCCCCUUCGCUGAAGAAGGCCGAUUGUGGUAUUGCUGUAGAGGGCUCAUCCGAAGCGGCACAAGCGGCAGCCGAUAUCGUCUUCCUCGCACCAGGCCUCAGCACUAUCAUUCUUUCUAUCAAGACAGCACGACAGAUUUUCCAACGGAUGAAAGCCUAUGUGGAAUACCGAAUCGCAUUGUGUAUCCACCUCGAGAUUUACUUGACGCUCUCAAUGAUCAUCCUCAACGAGACUAUUCGUCCGGAUCUUAUUGUCUUCAUUGCGCUUUUUGCCGACCUGGCUACUGUUGCUGUCGCUUAUGAUAAUGCACAUGUCGAGCCUCGGCCCGUCGAGUGGCAGCUGCCCAAGAUCUGGGUUGUGAGUCUCAUACUGGGAUCACUGUUGGCCGCCGCUACAUGGAUCAUUCGCGGGACAAUGUUCCUCGAGAACGGCGGUAUCAUCCAGAACUUCGGCUCGAUUCAAGAAGUCCUUUUCCUCGAGGUCUCGUUAACCGAAAACUGGCUCAUCUUCGUCACCAGAGGCGGCAAGACUUGGCCAUCUUGGCAGCUCGUCGGUGCCAUCUUCGUCGUGGAUGUGCUCGCAACCAUCUUCGCCUUGUUCGGCUUUCUAUCCGGCUCAGGCGGUGGCGUCAUGCGAACUAGCCCCGAGACAAUCUUCCAGAAUUCGGACAAUGGUUGGACGGACAUCGUCACCGUGGUUCUUGUUUGGGCGUAUUCGAUCGGCGUCACCAUCUUCAUCGCCAUUGUCUACUACAUGCUUAACAAGAUCCGGUGGCUGAACGACCUUGGCCGGAAGGACAGACACCACAAGGAUACUGUCCUCGAGAACGCCCUAUUGCAGCUCAACAAGAUCGCUAUCGAGCACGAUCAAAACUCUGAGACAGGCUCGGAUCGAUAUUACCUUGUUGAGAAGGCAGCUGCGGAAGAUGAUGAUUAG